AUGUCCGGUCCUCCACCAGGACAGCAGCCCGUGGGGCCUCAGCCUCCUACUCCCGAAGCUCUCGCCGUUGCGAACUUCCUCAAGAACUCAGAGCUGAAGCCUCGAACUUCGAUAUUGGGAGGUAAACGUGUCGAGAUGUUCAAAGUCAAAAGAGCUCUCCGCUCCCUUGAAUCACCUGCUUACGCCAAAGCUCAGGCCAAAAAGAACUCCAACCUACCACCUAUUACCAAUCGCCAAGAUGCCGAAAUGGCUUUCCUCCUCCUCCCCCGCCAUAUGAUGGCCCUUCGCGUCCACAAGAUCGAACCGCAGGCUGAGAACCACGGCGACCAUUCGCACGGUAAACCAAAACGUGUUAAGGGUCAAUGGAAUGUACAGAUCGUGCCUCAACAGGCUGCCGGAGAGGAUAUGUACUACGUCUGGUUUUACGAAGGACCUCAAUGGAAGCGAACGGUUAUUGGUCUUGGUGUCCUCGUCCUGCUGCUCGGUAUUGUCAUGUUCCCAUUGUGGCCGGCUGUUCUACGUCUGGGUGUCUGGUACCUCAGUAUGGGAAUGUUGGGAUUGCUAGGGUUGUUCUUCUUGAUGGCGAUUUUCAGAUUGAUCUUGUUUGUAAUCACGAUGUUUGCGGUUCCGCCUGGUUUGUGGCUUUAUCCGAAUUUGUUUGAAGAUGUUGGGUUCUUUGACAGCUUUAGACCGGUUUGGGCUUGGGAAAAGACAAAAGAGGAGAAGAAGAAGAAGAAGAAGAGAAAGCACUCGCACUCUCACUCCCAUCCUCCCAUGGAGACUCCUGGAUUCGCCCCUACCCCCUCUGGUGCUGACGUCCAAAUGAACUUUACCACAGAACAGGUGCAGACCUCGCAAGGGAUGCAACCUAGAGUCGAGGAAGUUUUUGAUGAGUAA